AUUUGACUAGAAUAUGCGAGAUCUUUCUGAAAUAUAAAGUGCAAAUCCAGGGGGAUAGAGGGAGUAUUAAGCAACAAAUGACAACUUGAUUGCUUUCUUCUUCAUUGUUUAGCUUUAUUUAGUGUUGUUUAGUUUCGUUGCGUUGCUUCCUACUUAAUGUAAUUUGACUUAUAGCAAUUAAUUAUUCUCUCAAUUUCUAAAAAUUACACAUAUCUUUUUUUGGUAUUAGGAUUGAACUCUUGAGAAUUAUAUUGUAAAUAAAUUGUCAAAAUUCAAACUUUUUGAUUCGAAAAUAAAUUUAAUGUGGUGUAGUAAUUUGUCAAGUUCAUUUCAUACCAUAUUCCAUUAGUUCUCUAUGUCUUGAAUCUUGUUGUGUUUUUUUUAAUCUUUUCUGAUUAUUAGUGUUGUUUUCUGAUUCUGCAAAAAAUAAGUUCAAUUUAUAUUCAAGUAAAACCAAGUAAAGUUUGAGAAUCAAGACUUCUUUCAGUUGAGCAUGUACCCCUUUUCCUAUAAGCAACUUGGGUUUGAUUCUUACCAGACACUUCCCUUAGCUCAACCUACCUCUCUACCAUGUAACCAAAAAAAUAAGUUAAGAUUAGUGAAAAAAUCAGUUGGGUAAUUCUGUUUUCUAAUUGUGCAGGGAAUUGGUUAGAGUUUUUUCUAUUUUACAAUGAUUUUUAGGUUACUAAAUAUCUUGGUAUUGGCUGAAUUAACUGUAUUGGGAAAUGGAGUACUAGCUGCAACUGGGGGUGAUAGAAAUGCUACAACUAGACCUAAAGUAGUGAAUGUUGGAGCAAUAUUUUCCUUCAAUUCCACCAUUGGGAAGGUUGCAAAGGUUGCAAUUCAAGCAGCAAUGAAUGAUGUAAAUUCCUCACCUGAAAUUCUUCAUGGAACCAACCUUAACAUUUCGAUGUGGGAUAGCAAUGAUAGCGGAUUUCUUGGAGCCAUUGAGGCAAUGACCAUUAUCAAGAGUGGUGUAGUGGCAAUAAUCGGCCCUCAAUCAUCCGUAGUAGCUCAUGUAGUUUCUCAAGUUGCAAAGGGAGUACAAGUUCCUUUGCUCUCCUUUGCGGCCACAGACCCAACCCUUUCCUCCCUCGAGUAUCCCUUCUUUGUUAGGACAACCCAAAAUGAUCUUUUCCAAAUGGCUGCAAUAGCCGACAUUAUAGACUAUUAUGGAUGGCGGGAAGUAACCGCCAUUUACACCGAUGAUGAUUAUGGAAGGAACGGGAUUGCUGAUCUAGGAGAUAAGUUGGCUGCGAAGCGAUGCACAAUAAGCUAUAAAGCUCGAAUGAGCUCUCAGCUAAGCCGAGAAGACAUAAGGAAUGUUUUGUAUGAGGUUUCACUACAAGAAUCUAGGAUCCUUGUUCUUCAUACUUACAAUGACUAUGGCCUAGAGGUGCUUGAGGUUGCUAAGUCUCUUCAUAUGUUGGAAAAGGGGCAUGUUUGGAUUGCUACGAAUUGGCUUAGCGAUAUCAUAGAUACGUAUUCUCCACUUUCUCAAGGCGCACUUGAUAACGUCCAAGGUUUACUUACCCUUCGUGUGUACACUCAUGAUUCACAACGCAAGAGAAACUUUGUCUCUCGAUGGAGAAAUUUGGUUAGGAAAGAAAAUGUGAGUCGUUCAUUUGGGUUGAACACGUAUGGUCUUUUCGCCUAUGAUACAGUUUGGAUCCUUGCUCGUGCCUUGGAUGCUUACUUUGAUCAAGGAGGAAACAUAUCAUUCUCUAAUAAUUUACUUUUAAGCGAACUGAAAGACAAAAAUUUGCACUUCGAUGAAACGAAUCGAUUUGAUGGAGGAGAAUUCCUGUUAUCCCACAUUCGAAAUACCAAAAUGACUGGUUUAACUGGACGAAUUCAAUAUGACUCAGACCGAAAUUUGGUCCGUCCCGCCUUUCAGAUCAUCAAUGUGAUUGGUACAGGUCAUAAUACUAUAGGAUACUGGUCUAAUUCUUCAGGGUUAUCACUUAACCCACCAGAAUCUGUACGCUCCAAAUCAUCGAAUCUGUCAAGUUCAAGUGAAAAACUAUCAGUUGUCGUUUGGCCAGGGAAGACCUCCAAAAAGCCUCGAGGAUGGGUUUUCCCUCACAAUGGAAAAGAACUAAGGAUAGGGGUUCCAUGGUAUGUAGACUACCUUGAUUUCAUUUCAUAUUCACCGAGUACAGAUUCAUUCUCCGGCUACUGCAUGGAUGUGUUUACUACUGCUGUUAAUUUGUUUCCAUAUGCUGUUCCAUAUAAAUUGGUUCCCUAUGGAAAUGGGAAAACUAACCCGAAAAUCAAUGAGCUCGUCGAGAAACUUAGUGCAGGAGUAUUUGAUGCUGUUAUCGGUGACAUUUCAAUUACAACUGAGAGAACAAGGAAUGCAGAUUUUACACAGCCAUAUGUUGAGUCGGGUCUAGUCGUUGUGGCCUCCGUUAAGACCCAAGAUUCUAAUGCCUGGGCUUUCCUAAGGCCUUUUACUCCAUUGAUGUGGUUUGUUACCGGGGUAUCUUUCAUUGUCGUGGGGGCUGUUGUUUGGGUUCUUGAGCAUCGUUUAAACGAUGAAUUUCGUGGUCCUCCCAGAAAACAAAUUGCAACAAUGUUAUGGUUCAGCUGCUCAACUUGGUUCUUCGCUCACAGGGAGACUACUGUGAGCACAUUGGGCAGGUUUGUGCUAAUUAUAUGGUUGUUCGUAGUUUUAAUCAUCAAUUCAAGUUACACAGCAAGUCUAACCUCUAUACUAACUGUACAAAAACUUACUUCACAUGUCAAAGGAAUAGAUAGUUUGAUAGAAAGCCGAGAACCUAUAGGAUACCAAGACGGUUCUUUUGUUGUAAAUUAUUUGAAUGAACAAUUAAAUAUUCCUAAAUCGCUUCUCAUUCCUCUUAACUCUGAGGAUGAGCUUGCCGAAGCCUUGAAAAAGGGUCCCAAGAAUGGUGGCGUUGCUGCAGUUGUGGAUGAGCGCGCAUACAUGGAGGUUUUCCUCUCAUCGAGAUGUGAAUUCACUAUCGUUGGUCCAGAGUUCACCCGAAAUGGUUGGGGAUUUGCAUUUCCUCGAGACUCUCCCUUGGCGGUUGAUAUGUCAACAGCACUUCUGAAGCUUUCAGAGAACGGUGACUUGCAAAGGAUUAACGACAAAUGGCUAAAUCGAAAAGCUUGCAGUUCAAAGGACACAAAACUUGAAGUAUACAGACUUGAUUUAAAGAGCUUCUGGGGCCUGUUCCUUGUUUGUGGCAUAGCUUGCUUGCUUUGCCUGAUAGUGUAUUUUGCACUGAUCAUCAAGCAGUACAUACGCCAUUAUACUCCUAUGGAGAAAGAUUCGAGUGGACAAACGAGCUCAAAGUCUUCUCGUGUUCAGACAUUCCUGUCGUUUGUAGACGAGAAGGAAGACCAAAUCAAGAUGCGAUCCAAGAGAAGGCAAAUGGAGAAAGAAUCAAGUGCAGGAAGCACUCCUGGAUAUGCAUCCAAUAUUAGCCUUGUGGAAUUGUCAAUGAUUCGUAAUAAUCAUGUGCUAUUUUCUCCUGAUCAAACUAUUAAUAGUGUGAGGAGUGAAGCAUAGAUGUAUAAACAUUAGAAAAAAAAUUGAUCUGGUUAAUCCCACUUUUGUCCAUUUGCCGUAAAUAAUCUCUACUACCGAUUAUUUCUUAAUAAUUCAAUCUUUGUGUAUUUUUUCUACAAAUAACCCUUGCCAUAUUUUAUACCAACAAUUAUAGGUACCUACUACCAAAGAGGAGUAGGAUUAGACCAACGAAAUAGCAUAAGGUGAAAGAAGUGGCUGUAAUGGUUAGUAAAUACCUAUGGUAGUUGGUUAAAAUGUGAUAAGGGGAUGUCAAUAAAAAAUAACAAAGGUUGAAUUAUUUAUAAAUAAUCAAUAGUAGAGAUUAUGCACAUCGAAUAGACAAUAAAUAAGAUUAUUCAACAUUAUUUUUCCUAAAAA